AUGCCAAAAAAGGUAUUCAUAAAGACACUAUCAAAGACUGACAUUGACUAUAGAAUGACAAUUCCAAUGGAUAGCCUCUCCGCUUUCCAAAUCCCAGAAGGAAAAUACUCGAGAGCAGUUGUUGCCUUCGACAUCACUGGUCGUCCAUGGAGUUUCCGGUGUUCCACGAGAAAAAAAGAUCCCCGCCCCAAACCAGUCCUCUCUUCAGGCUGGAUUAGGUUUGUCAAAGACAGGUGUCUCAAGGAAGGCGAUGAAGUCAUCUUUUCUGUCGCGCACAAUGAUGGAGCUGAGGGUCCGCAAUUCAGAAUUGAAGCGCGGAAAAAACUGGCCAAGUUAUUCGGUCAAGAUAUUUGGAGCAAUCCUCUUUGA